UAUAGAUUACAUACAGCAUUAACAUAAUUUUCAAUGUCGGAGUGUCAAUAAUUGGGUAACUAUUGUUUAUGACUUUAUGUCUUAUAAAAUAAUAAGAUUAAAUUAUAACGUAGGUACUUCAACUCGGUAGUACCUAAAUAUCAGCAGUAUCAGUUAUACCAGCAAAGAGUACAGAAACUUUUUGGAUUUAUAUUUUUAAAUAUUCUAAUUAAAAACAGUGAAGUUGUAAAUAUUAUAUACUGUUUGCAAACACACUAUUUGACCAAAGGAAUUGUAAAAAUGGCAAUUAAGAUCAUUAUCAUUGGAUCUGGAGUCGGUGGUACAGCAGCAGCCGCCAGACUGAGCAAAAAAGGAUUUCAAGUGGAAGUUUAUGAAAAAAAUUCGUAUAAUGGCGGAAGAUGUUCAAUAAUUAGGCACAAUGGACAUCGAUUUGAUCAAGGUCCAUCAUUGUAUCUAAUGCCUAAAAUAUUUGAGGAGACAUUUAAAGACUUAGGAGAAGACAUAAAAGAUCAUAUAGAAAUAUUACAGUGUAAAAUUAACUAUUAUAUUAAUUUUCAUGAUGGCCAACAAUUUCAACAUUCGUGUAAUUUAUCUAAACUACAACGGUCGUUAGAAAAUUUUGAAGGAGAAGGCGAGGAAACUUUAUUGAGAUUUUUUGAUUUUUUGAAAGAAACUCACGUACAUUAUAGAAAAAGCAUUGAGUUAGCAAUGAGAACUGAUUUUCAAAAUUGGUACGAUUUUUUUAAUAUAAAACAUAUACCGACAUUAUUGAAUUUGCAUCUGCAUAGUUCUGUUUACACGAGAGCAUGUAAAUAUUUCAAAAGUGACUACAUGAGAAAGGCUUUUACAUUUCAGACUAUGUACAUGGGCAUGUCCCCGUACGAUGGAUUGGCCCCGUACAACUUGUUACAAUAUACUGAAAUAGCUGAAGGAAUCUGGUACCCAAAAGGAGGCUUUCAUUCGGUUUUGGAAAGUCUUGAAAAAAUUGCUGUAAAACACGGGGCAAAGUUCAAUUAUAACAGCGAUGUCCAAGAAAUAAUAACCGAUGAGAAUGGAGUGGCAAAAGGAAUAAAAUUGCAGAACGGUAAUGUGAUUAACAGUGACAUUGUUAUUUGCAACGCUGAUGCCGUUUACGCAUACAACAAGCUUUUGCCAAAAACGUCGUACGCAGAAAAACUAGGCAAAAAGAAACUGACUUCGUCGUCGAUAUCGUUCUAUUGGUCGAUUAACCAAGUUAUACCUCAGAUGUCGGUGCACAAUAUAUUUUUGAGCGAACAAUAUAAGCCAAGUUUUGACCAAAUAUUCGAGGAUCACUCGUUGCCAGACGAACCGUCGUUUUAUGUAAACGUACCUAGUCACAUCGAUCCCACAGCAGCACCAGAAGGUAAAGACACAUUCGUGAUUUUAGUACCCGUGGGGCAUAUAUCAGACAGAACCGAUAUUGAUUUUGAUGACCUCGUGAAAAGAGCCAGAGAACACGUGAUCAACUCAAUAGAGAAAAGACUGAAGAUUUCGAACUUCCGAAGUAUGAUCGAACACGAGAUGGUGAAUGACCCGAGAACGUGGCAAAGCGAAUUUAAUUUAUGGAAAGGUUCUGUAUUAGGGUUAUCGCAUUCAUUUUUUCAAGUCGCAUACUUCAGACCAAGUUUGAAAUGUAAAAUAUUCGAAAACUUAUAUUUUGUUGGUGCAUCAGUACAGCCCGGUACCGGAGUACCAGUUGUGUUAUGUGGUGCAAAAUUAUUAGAAAAACAAUUGUGUGCUAGGUUCUUGGAGGGUAAAGUUGAAAUGAAUACAUGGUCGAAGUACGUUUCAUUUUUAAUCGGUCUUCUAGUACUUCUGAUUUUUUGGUUUUUCUUUCGAUUUUAAUAAUCAACUAUAGGUAAAUAUGGAACAUAAUAUGCUCUAGGUAUGGGUUAUGUGUUGUAAAACUCAAGGUCAAAAUGAAUUACAUUUUUAACAUGUUUAUUAGCAGUUUUACUAUUUUGGGCGUUUUGUGGUAUUUAAAUAAUGUGUAAAUUUUCAAAAUGUAAUUUAAAACAUCUAUAGUAUGAACUGUUUAUUUUUACUUUGUUCAAAAUAGAAUUUUUUUUUACACUCUUAUGGAAACAAUAAAAUUGUUAUAAAUCGGUUACCAACAUUUUAGUUUGCUAUAUUAUUUUCUUAUGUCUAGAUUAUAAGCUAUAACACUAUUUGUUGUUUUAAAUUAAAUAAUAUUAUGUAUAAGUAAUUAUAAUUCACUUUUUACCAUUAUUCUAUAUUUACUAUAAAAUAUAAAUUGUACCUAAUUGUGUAUAUAUAUUAUAUUUAAGAAUAACAAAAUAUUUGAUACGAGUAACGAUAGUACCUAUAAAGAAGUCGAUUUAAAAUAAAAACAUAUUUUGUAGAAAGUUAUAAAGACGGUGUGUACCUAACAUAAUAAUAAAUUAUGUGCAUAUUUUUUCAAACUAUAGUUUGA